ACAUUGGUCUUUAAACCAUGGGCAUGGGCGGUCUUCAUUCUGGCAGUCCUCAUGGCUGGGUUGUGCGCGGGACACGAUAAACUUGUCGAACCAAGAAAGCUCGCUACUACUACUGACAGGCCAGGUUCAAUAAGCAUUGAUUGUGGGGUGAAUGAAGGUUAUACAGAUGAGCAGAGUGGAAUCUAUUACGAGUCAGAUUCGGAAUUCGUUACAGUUGGACUGAAUAACGUGGUAUCCCCACAAUACGCGGCUGGCAAUCCUCAACUUGUGCAGAUGCUUAAUACCCUGAGAAGUUUUCCAGAGGUAAAUAAGAGCUGUUACCACCUUAAACCUGAACAAGGCAAGGGCCACCACUACAUGUUCAGAGUCUUCUUCACUUAUGGAAAUUAUGAUGGCCUUCAAAAACCCCCUAAGUUUGAACUAUACCUCGGCGUGAAUUUUUGGGCAACUGUGGAAUUAGACAUCGGGGAUUCGUACUGGGUCGACGAAAUCAUCCAGUUUUUAAGCACCGAUACGAUAGAUGUCUGCUUGGUGAAUACUGGCUCCGGUAUUCCAAUCAUUUCUGGGUUGGAACUUCGGCUUUUGAACGACUUCAUUUACCAGAUUGAAUCAAGAGCACUCAGAUUAUAUGACCGUUAUGACGUCAUAACCUAUGACAAUUAUUCCACAACCAGCUAAAUUUAAAUUUUUAAGUUUAAAUUAACAACUUUUUAAGUG